GAUCCAGGCCCGAUGCAAUAUUAGCGCCAGCAAGAGGGCUUCUUAGCGUUGAUCAGAGCAAAUAUCAAUUCGUUCAGUCAAGAGCCACUUCAACCUUGAAUAUGGGGGUGAAAGUCCAUGUGAUUUACUGCGGUGGAUGAGGGUACAGACCCAAGUUCACCAAGCUCAAGACGUUGCUUGAGGAUGAAUUCCCAGGCGACCUUGAGAUUAUUGGUGAGAGCACUCCCACAACGACUGGAUGGUUUGAGGUUGAGGUGAACGGCCAGGUAGUGCACUCCAAGAAGAACGGGGAUGGCUUUGUUGAUAACGAGCAGAAGAUGGCCAAAGUCGUGAGUGCAAUCGACAAGGCCAUGAAGUAAUGAGUGCGUGCUGAACUUUGGAGUUUUGUCUCUCUGUUUGGUGUUCUCUCUGGAUAUGCAAUGAUGAUGGCGAUACCCGAAGUGUCUCUUUGACACGGGCGUCGCUUGAUGGUACAUGCUUUUCCUGGGUGAAGCUUCUCAGAGUGGGCAGACUCCAGUUGUCAAACUGCGUUACAAUAGAUUGGUGGAUGACAUGAAAGGGAAAAUGUAGAUUCAUGAAAAGGAAGCAAAAAUGUAGAAAUGUUUACUUCUCUCAUGUUUUUUUUUUCUGCUGUGUGUACUUCAUUGCUUGAAGUUUCACAAAACAGGAAAACCUUUGGGCAAUUUUUCAUCUUAAAUUUUGAUGCAUUAAUAAAGAG